AUGGCUCCAUCUAGUAACCCAGACGCUGUCGCGCUAGAGCAGUCCGUCUACCAUGCCGGAUUGCACUCCACUAAGCCCCCCUUCACCUUUCAACCCUCAGAAUGGGAGCCACAAGCAAAGGCAGUCCUCUCCGCCAACUCGUGGGGCUAUAUCCACGGCAACUGCGGCGCCGGCACUACCUACCGCAAGAACCUUGCCGCCUUCGACCGCUGGUCCAUUGUGCCACGGCGAAUGGUGGCCAGCAGGCUGGACCCAGCCACGGGCGCCGAGGCCUUCGCCGACACCAGCACAACGGUACUGGGCCAUCAGAUUCCAUUCCCCAUAGCCAUCGCGCCAAUCGGCGUGCAGAGGAUCUUCCACCCCGAGGGCGAGGUGGCGGCCGUGCGCGCCAGCGCAGCAGUCGGUGUGCCUUACACGCUCAGCACGGCGUCGAGCACCAGCAUCGAGGACGUCGCGGAAGCGAUGAAUGGCGCGAGCAAAGGAGGGUCAGAGGGACAAGGCCAGGGCCAAGGCCAGAGCAAGACGCCACGGUGGUACCAGCUAUACUGGCCGUCGCGCGAGCACGAUGACAUCACCGUCUCGCUGCUAUCACGUGCCAAGAAGGCCGGGUACACGGCACUCUUCGUCACGCUUGAUACGUACGUACUGGGCUGGCGGCCGAGCGACAUGGACAACGGUUACAACCCAUUUAUUCACCCGGACCGCAUCGGUGUCGAAAUUGGCCUGACCGACCCAGUAUUCCAGAAGAAAUUCAAGGAAGAGCACGGCUACGACAUCGAGGAGGCCAGGCGGCACGAGAGCGAGUUGACGGGGCACAACCUGGGCGAGGCCGCGCAGGAGUGGGCCAAGAUUGUGUUCCCUGGGCACUCGCACACGUGGGAGGAUGUCGAGUUCCUCAAGAAGCACUGGGACGGGCCGAUCGUGCUCAAGGGAAUCCAGAGCGUGGCCGAUGCGCGGAAGUGUGUCGAGGUCGGCGUACAGGGCAUCGUGGUCAGCAAUCACGGCGGACGGCAGCAGGACGGCGGCGUGAGCAGUUUGGGCAUGUUGCCGCACAUUGUGGAGGCUGUUGGCGACAAGCUUGAUGUCUUCUUUGACAGCGGCAUCCGGUGCGGUGCUGACAUUAUCAAGGCCAUCGCGCUCGGGGCCAAGUGUGUGCUGGUCGGUAGGCCUUAUGCCUAUGGUCUAGCGAUCGGAGGCGAGGAGGGGGUCAGGCAUGUCUUGAGAGCCAUGUGCGGCGAUUUGAUGAUGAACAUGCACCUUGCAGGCUUGACAGGGCUGGAUGAAGUUACGAAGGAUGUCCUUGUGAAGGAAGAUGAGGUCUUCUAA